AUGGGUGGUAUGGCACAACCUGCUGGAUCGAUUGCUGCAUCAUCUUCAUCAGUUCCUUCUUUAGGCAGGGGUGCACAAAUGCCUGCAGGUCGUGGUAGAGGUGUUAGAGGGGCAGCUAGUUUUAGUGGAGUUCAGAAUCGCACGUAUGCCCUAGGAAAUCGACAAAAUUUGGAGACUUCACCGGAUGUGGUUACAGGUACAUUAUCCAUCUUUUCACAUAUUGUAUAUGCAUUAAUUGAUCCAGGGUCUACACUAUCAUAUGCCACUCCAUUGAUUGCUGCAAAGUUCAAAAGAACACCAGAAUUAUUGGUUAAACCAAUUGAAGUGUCUACACCGAUUGGUGAAUCUAUUAUAGUUAGAAGAGUCUACCGAAAGUGCAUAGUAACUGUUUGUGGUCGUAAUACAUUAGCUGACCUUGUUGAACUAGAAAUGGUUGAUUUUGAUGUCAUAAUGGGUAUGGAUUGGUUAGCUUCUUGUUAUGCUACAGUAGAAUGCCGAACUAAGAUGGUGCAUUUCCAUUUUCCAAAAGAGGCAGUCCUUGAAUGGAAAGGUAAUAUUGGGGCGCCAAGAGAUCCACCAACUCUUCAAUCUGUUCCGGUGGUAAAUGAAUUUCCUGAUGUAUUUCCUGAAGAUCUUCCAGGUUUGCCUCCAGAACGAGAAGUAGAGCUUGUUAUGUCAUUCGGGCUAACAAAUGCACCAGCAGCUUUUAUGGAUUUGAUGAAUAGGGUGUUCAAGCCAUUUUUGGAUGUGUUCGUGAUAGUAUUUAUAGAUGACAUUAUGGUGUAUUCAAGAUCUGAAGAGGACCAUGCUAAUCACUUGCGGCAGGUGCUACAGAUUCUUCGUGAUCGAAAGUUGUACGCAAAGUUCUCUAAAUGUGAGUUUUGGUUAAGAUCUGUGGCAUUUUUGGGUCAUAUUGUAUCUGAUGAAGGAGUAAGGGUUGAUACCCAAAAGAUAGAAGCUGUGAAGAACUGGCCAAGACCUACAACACCUACGGAGGUUCGUAGUUUCCUUGGGCUGGCAGGUUAUUAUAGAAGGUUUGUUGAAGGAUUUGCUUCUAUUUCCGCACCAUUAACAAAACUAACACAAAAAGAAGUCAAGUUCCAGUGGAGCGAUGCAUGUGAAAGAAGCUUCCAAGAACUGAAGAAUAAAUUGACUUCUACACCUGUAUUGGCAAAUGUUGUAGCUGAUGCUUUAAGUCGUAAAAUGAUGGCAAGCACUUAUGAGCAGUCCAUAGGAAGGCAGCAAAUAACUAAAGAUCUACGUCAAUUAGCUAGCUUGGGGGUUCGCCUUCUUGAAUCUCCUGAAGGAGUUAUUGUGCAAAAUGCUGCAGAAUCCUCAUUUGUAGCGGAGGUGAAAGAGAAGCAGUACACGGAUCCUAUCCUAUUACAGCUUAAGGAGAAUGUACAACAAGUUAAAGUAGAGCACCAGAAGCCUGGAGGUUAUAUGCAGCGUAUAGAACUUCCAAUUUGGAAGUGGGAUAUGAUUAAUAUGGAUUUUGUCACUGGUUUGCCUCGCUCAUUUCGGAAGUUUGAUUCCAUAUGGGUGAUUGUUGAUAGACUCACCAAAGCAGCGCACUUCUUACCGGUCAAGACUACUUAUACAGUUGAAGAGUAUGCAAAGUUGUAUAUUAACGAGAUAGUUCGGCUACAUGGAGUGCCAAUCUCUAUUAUAUCUGAUAGAGGAGCUCAAUUUACCGUGAACUUUUGGAAGUCAAUUCAGAAGAGUUUGGGAACCUACCAUUCAAGUAUCAGAAUGGCACCUUAUAAAGCGUUAUAUGGGAGAAAGUGCAGGUCACCGAUCGGAUGGUUUGAAGCGGGCGAAACUGCCUUAUUUGGGCCAGAUCUUGUUCAUCAAGCUAUGGAAAAAGUUAAGGUGAUACAACAACGAUUAGCAACUGCUCAAAGCCGACAUAAAUCAUACGCAGAUAAUAGAAGGAGAGGACUGGAAUUUUUCAUAGGAGAUUGGGUAUUUUUGAAGGUAUCCCCAAUGAAAGGGAUAAUGAGAUUUGGUAAAAAGGGGAAGCUGAGUCCGCGCUAUAUAGGGCCAUAUAAAAUUAUUCGAAAAGUUGGUCAAGUCGCGUAUGAGUUAGAGCUACCUCAAGAGCUCUCAACAGUCCAUCCAGUAUUUCAUGUCUCAAUUCUUCGAAAAUGCAUAGGCGACCCAUUUUGUAUCACUCCUAUGAAAGAUGUACACAUUACAGAAGAUCUCACUUACGAAGAAGUACCCAUCGCAAUUUUGGAUCGACAAGUUAAGAAACUAAGAAAUAAAGAAGUAGCUUCUGUAAAAGUACUAUGGAGAAACCAACAAGUUGAAGAAGUUACAUGGGAGGCGGAAGAAGCAAUGAAGUCCAAAUAUCCUCAUUUAUUUCAAUCCGAGGAGAAGGGUCAAAGUGCUGAGUUAAGACAGUAA